AUGCUCAGAAACAGAGCCAUCGCAAGUGCCGACGAUGCAUCCAGGGCACCCAUCCCGCUGGCUAUGAAGCAACAACCCUCCUCGGCGAUCAAAGCCACACCCUCUCCCGGCCAGCCCGGCCUCCUCUCCAUCUCCCAAAUCCCCGAGUGGCACAGCGAAAACCCGUAUAUUCACGGCGGCUCUCCGCCCGUCUGUGCAGCAAUCGCGCCGUGCGUCGGGAGCUGGUGCUACCUCCACAACCAGAGCUUCAACAUCUACACGCACCUGAUCCCGGCAAUAGACCAGAAUUCCGGAGCGCUGGCUUCCAGGGACGUUUGA